AUGGCGUCGCUCCGGACUCCCGCCAGCAACGCUUUCUGCGCGUCGAUUAGGUCCAGCAGGGCAGGACGCACGCCCAUCAGGGCUGCGGCGGCCGCGGAGCCCAAGCAGGCUGAGGACACUGGCUACGUCACCGUCGAGUUCCAGCGCGCGCGCGCCAAGGAAAUGACCAAGUACUUCAACAGCCUCAAGGCGGAGAAGGCGGCGUUCGAGAACAAGACGCUGGGGUGGACGCCGAAGAACGAGAUCGGGAACGGGCGCUGGGUGAUGAUGGGGCUGGCUAUUGGUCUGCUGACGGAGUACGCGACCGGGUACGACUUCGUCGACCAGAUCAAGUACACGCUGACCAUCCUCGGCGUCGCGGACCUGGACCUGGACCUGUGA